AUGGAGGUGCAGUUGGGGCUCGGGAGGGUUUACCCCCGGCCGCCGUCCAAGACCUAUCGAGGAGCUUUUCAGAAUCUGUUCCAGAACGUGCGCGAAGUAAUCCAGAACCCGAGCCCCCGGCACCCUGAGGCCGCGAGCGCAGCACCUCCCGGCGCCCGUUUGCAGCAGCAGCAACAGCAGCAGCAGCAGCAGCAGCAGCAGCAGCAGCAGCAGCAGGAGACCAGCCCCCGCCAGCAGCAGCAGCAGCAGCAGACUGAGGAUGGCUCUCCUCAAGCCCAGAUCAGAGGCCCCACGGGCUACCUGGCCCUGGAGGAGAGACAACAGCCUUCACAUCAGCAGCCAGCCCCCGAGGGCCGUCCUGAGAACAGCUGCGUCCCAGAGCCUGGAGCCGCUGUAGCCGGCGGUAAGGGGCUGCCGCAGCAGCCGGCAGCACCUCCGGACGAGGAUGACUCAGCUGCCCCAUCCACGUUGUCCCUGCUGGGCCCCACUUUCCCGGGCUUAAACAGCUGCUCUGCCGACCUUAAAGACAUCCUGAGCGAGGCCAGCACCAUGCAACUGCUUCAGCAGCAGCACCACCACCACCAGCAGCAGCAGGACGCGGCAACUGAAGGCAGCAGCGGGAGAGCGAGGGAGGCCGCUGGGGCUUCCACCUCCUCCAAGGACAGUUACCUAGGGAGCACCUCUGUCAUCUCCGACAGCGCCAAGGAGUUGUGUAAGGCAGUGUCGGUGUCCAUGGGCUUGGGUGUGGAGGCGUUGGAGCAUCUGAGUUCUGGAGAACAGCUUCGGGGAGAUUGCAUGUAUGCUCCGCUCCUGGGAGGUCCACCCGUUGUGCGUCCCACUCCCUGCCUCCCGCUGGUGGAAUGCAAAGGUUCCCUGCUGGACGAUGGCCCAGGUAAGGGCACUGAAGAGACUGCUGAGUAUACCCCUUUCAAGGGAGGUUACAACAAGGGGCUAGAAGCCGAGAGCCUGGGUUGCUCUGGCAGCGGUGAAGCAGGGAGCUCCGGGACACUUGAACUUCCGUCCACCCUGUCUCUCUACAAGUCCGGAACUCUGGACGAAGCAGCAGCGUACCAGACUCGUGACUAUUACAACUUUCCGCUGGCCCUGGCCGGGCAGCCACCACCUCCUCAUCCCCACGCUCGCAUCAAGCUGGAGAACCCGCUUGACUACGGCAGCGCCUGGGCGGCCGCCGCAGCACAGUGCCGCUAUGGGGACCUGGCAAGCCUGCACGGCGGGGGUGCAGCGGGACCCGGCUCCGGCUCACCCUCAACCGCCGCUUCCUCUUCCUGGCACACACUCUUCACAACCGAAGAAGGCCAGCUGUAUGGGCCCUGUGGCGGGGGCGGCGGCAGUGGCCCUGGCGAGGCAGGGGCCGUGGCUCCCUAUGGCUACACUCGGCCACCUCAGGGGCUGACUGGACAGGAAGGAGACUUUCCCGCACCCGAAGUGUGGUAUCCCGGCGGCGUGGUGAGCAGAGUGCCCUAUCCCAAUCCCAGCUGUGUCAAAAGCGAGAUGGGACCCUGGAUGGAGAGCUAUUCUGGACCUUACGGGGACAUGCGUUUGGAGACUGCUAGGGACCACGUUUUGCCCAUCGACUAUUACUUUCCACCCCAGAAGACCUGCCUGAUCUGCGGAGAUGAAGCUUCUGGCUGUCACUAUGGAGCUCUCACUUGUGGAAGCUGCAAGGUCUUCUUCAAAAGAGCCGCUGAAGGGAAACAGAAGUACCUGUGUGCCAGCAGAAAUGAUUGCACCAUUGACAAAUUCCGAAGGAAAAAUUGUCCUUCUUGCCGUCUCCGGAAAUGCUACGAAGCAGGAAUGACUCUGGGAGCACGGAAGCUGAAGAAACUUGGAAAUCUGAAACUGCAAGAGGAAGGCGAGUCUUCCAGUGCCAGCAGCCCCACUGAAGACACAACUCAGAAGCUGACAGUAUCACACAUGGAAGGCUAUGAGUGUCAGCCCAUCUUCCUCAAUGUCCUGGAAGCCAUUGAGCCAGGUGUGGUGUGUGCUGGACACGACAACAAUCAGCCCGACUCCUUCGCAGCCUUGCUCUCGAGCCUCAAUGAACUGGGCGAAAGACAACUUGUCCAUGUGGUCAAGUGGGCCAAGGCCUUGCCUGGCUUCCGUAACUUGCAUGUGGAUGACCAGAUGGCAGUCAUCCAGUACUCCUGGAUGGGACUCAUGGUGUUUGCCAUGGGCUGGCGAUCCUUCACCAAUGUCAACUCCAGGAUGCUGUAUUUUGCCCCUGACCUGGUUUUCAAUGAGUACCGUAUGCACAAGUCCCGGAUGUACAGCCAGUGUGUCCGAAUGAGGCACCUCUCUCAAGAGUUUGGAUGGCUCCAAAUAACGCCCCAGGAAUUCCUGUGCAUGAAAGCCUUGCUGCUCUUCAGCAUUAUUCCAGUGGAUGGGCUGAAAAAUCAAAAAUUCUUUGAUGAACUUCGAAUGAACUACAUCAAGGAACUCGAUCGUAUCAUUGCAUGCAAACGAAAAAAUCCCACAUCCUGCUCAAGGCGCUUCUACCAGCUCACCAAGCUCCUGGACUCUGUGCAGCCUAUUGCAAGAGAGCUGCACCAGUUCACUUUUGACCUGCUUAUUAAGUCUCACAUGGUGAGCGUAGACUUUCCAGAAAUGAUGGCAGAGAUCAUCUCUGUGCAAGUGCCCAAGAUUCUUUCUGGGAAAGUCAAGCCCAUCUAUUUCCACACGCAGUGAAGCUUUGGAAGUGUCCAUUUCCCUAACUCCACCGCACUCCUUUUUUCUGAUGUCUUCUGCCUGUUAUAACUGCACUACUUCUCUGCAGUGCCUUGGGGAAUUCC